AUGUGUGGGCCCGAAACCCCAUCUUCAACGCCGCGCAUCGGCGCCCGCGUCAACCUCUUUUCUCCCGGCGGCAGUCUCGGCAACCUGCUCUUCCACAACCCCUGCUCGCCGUCCAGCUUACACGCCACACACGUCCGUUUUGUGCCAAACAGCAACUCCAGUGCUUCGCCGGCCACCACAGCCCCGGAUGAAAACGUGUUGUUGUCAAUUCACACAACAGGCGACCUGACAAAGCCGCUUGCCGACGCCGGCCUGAUGCAGGAAUUUACCGUGCACAGUGGAUUACUCGCCGUCUCUGGCCCUGAACGCCGCCAAAACGCCGGAGGCGAAGGAGUCGAGAUCCCACUGGGGAUGGCGCUCUCCUUGGAAGUGGGGAACGAUGGCAUUAUCGGGCGACGAGUGUCCAUGAGGAGAGGCUGCGGAGAAUUGUUGGCAGAUGGGAUUGUGGGGUUCAACUUCUCGCCAGCGGUUACGGCGUAA